AUGUUGAACAUUCCGCCGAGAUUCCUUCCCGUUUACUCAACUCUCUUCCACAUUCUUGCUUCUUUCCUCUGCUCCUCCGACGUCAGAGGCGACUUUCCGGCGACUAGAUUCGAUCUCGGAACGUUGACUCUCUCAAGCCUCAAGCUUCUCGGCGACGCACACCUCAACAACAACACCAUAAAGCUCACUCGCGAACUCUCUGUUCCCACUUCAACCGCCGGAAAAGCUUUGUACGGAAAACCGGUUAAAUUCCGACACCCGGAAACUCAAUCUCCGGCUAGUUUCUCGACUUACUUCUCUUUCUCAGUAACCAAUCUCAAUCCAACCUCAAUCGGAGGUGGAUUCGCUUUCGUAAUCGCCCCCGAUGGAGAAUACAUCGGAUCCGCCGGCGGAUUUCUCGGUCUCACCGGAGAAUCCGGAUCCGGGUCGGGUUUUGUGGCGGUUGAAUUCGACACGCUGAUGGAUGUGCAAUUCAAGGAUGUAAACGGUAACCACGUGGGAUUGGAUCUAAACGCGGUCGUUUCAGCCGCAGUGUCCGAUCUAGGAAACGUCGAUAUCGAUCUCAAGAGCGGAAACGCUGUGAACUCGUGGAUUACUUAUGACGGGUCGGGUCGGAUUUUAACCGUUUACGUAUCCUACUCAAACGUGAAACCCAAAUCGCCGGUUUUGUCGGUUCCUCUCGAUCUCGAUCGCUACGUUAGCGAUUCCAUGUUCGUCGGAUUCUCUGGUUCAACGCAAGGAAGCACAGAGAUUCAUAGCAUCGAUUGGUGGAGUUUCGCUUCCUCGUUCGAAUCAUCGGAAUCUCCGCCGCCGAUGUCCGAUUCUCCUCCACCGUCGUCUUCAUCGUCUUCCCUUGCACCCUCUGUAUCCACCGUCCGGAGGAAAACCGCCGAUCCACCUUCAUGUCGUAAUAAACUCUGUAAAAAAUCCCCUGCCGCAGUCGCCGGAGUUGUAACCGCCGGAGCAUUUUUCUUAGCUCUGUUCACCGGAGCUAUAAUCUGGGUUUACUCCAAGAGGAUCAAAUACACUCGAAAGCCUGAUUCUUUCGCAUCGGAAAUCAUGAAAUCGCCGAGGGAAUUCACUUACAAGGAGCUGAAAUUAGCCACCGACUGCUUCAGUUCAUCGAGAGUGAUCGGAAACGGCGCAUUCGGCACCGUCUACAAAGGAAUUCUACCCGAUUCCGGCGAAAUCAUCGCAAUCAAAAAAUGCAGCCACAUUUCUCAAGGAAACACCGAAUUCUUAUCGGAAUUGUCUCUAAUCGGAACACUUCGUCAUCGGAAUCUUCUCCGUCUUCAAGGCUAUUGCAAAGAAAAAGGCGAAAUUCUUCUAAUUUACGAUCUGAUGCCUAAUGGAUCUCUCGACAAAGCAUUAUACGAAUCUCCAACGACGUUAUCGUGGCCUUACCGGAGAAAAAUCCUCCUCGGCGUCGCCUCUGCUUUGGCUUACUUGCAUCAAGAGUGCGAGAAUCAGAUCAUUCACCGUGACGUCAAAACAAGCAACAUCAUGCUCGACGCGAAAUUCAAUCCGAAAUUAGGCGAUUUCGGACUCGCGAGGCAAACAGAACACGAUAAAUCCCCGGACGCAACCGCCGCCGCGGGAACGAUGGGGUAUUUAGCGCCGGAGUAUUUGCUCACCGGUCGAGCGACGGAGAAAACCGACGUUUUCAGCUACGGAGCUGUUGUUUUAGAAGUAUGCACUGGUAGAAGACCCAUUACCCGACCCGAGUCCAGACCCGGUUUGAAAGCGGGUUUCAAAACCGGGUCGAGUUUGGUUGAUUGGGUUUGGGGUUUGUAUAGAGAAGGGAACCUUUUAACGGCGGUGGACGAGCGGUUGAGCGAGGGAGAGUUUAACCCGGAGGAGAUGAAUCGGGUUUUGAUGGUGGGCCUUGCUUGUUCUAAACCCGACCCGGUAACCCGGCCCACUAUGAGAACUGUGGUUCAGAUUUUGGUUGGGGAAGCUGAUGUGCCUGAGGUUCCGACGGCAAAACCGUCGUCGUCGAUGAGCUUUAGCACGUCGGAGUUACUGCUGACGUUGCAAGACAGUGUAUCGGAUUGUAACGAAGCUUUGGCUCCGAUCUCGACAACCUCUUGUUCCUCCUCGGAACAUGACAUAUUCAUUGUGGGCAAGGAUCGAUCGGUUUGA